CCUCCCUCCAUCCAUCAACAUCUGCGCCUUUCGCCAACCACCAUCUUCAUAGUCCUUGGUUGCUAGUCUCUUCUUUCUGAACGGCUCCUCUGCCUGGAUAAUGCGAGCCUCCCAAGAUUGCUGACCACAAGCAUUUUCCUCAUCUCUGGAGGACAACGACCCUCUCCCACCCCCCUUCCUACACCUUCGCCUCGCCCCUUCGCGCCGUUUCGUCAAAUGCGCAGCCAAUCUCACCGCCCUCUGUCCUCCCGACUCCUCUAGCACGUCGAUCUCUGUCCUCCGAACUGCCCCGAUUGAGAAUGGCUUUUAGCCCUUCUAAUGUCGCCUCCGCCCAGGCUGCAGGAAAUUCCGUCUCCGUUCAUGAUGGUGCUCAGUUGUUGGAGAUUCGCACCACUGAACUAGCCUUCCACACCCUCAACGGCGAAGUCAAGAUCCAACUACUUCCUACACCUUGGCCAGACGACAAUCUUCCCGCCCCAUCGUCUUCCCUACUCUCCGUUGCUUCAUCUCGAAAAUUGGUCGCUGCCGCUGGGCCCAACGCCGUCUACAUCGCUCACACUUCCAAGAUCAGGGACUUGUUCCAGGCUAUCGAAGGAGACCAAGUUCGCUCCUAUGCUCCAGAUAUCACGAUCCCUCUCCCUCGUCCUUGUCAAGUUGCCUUUUCGUCCGACGAGAGUGUCUUGGUUGCUUCCACCGAACACGACGGUUCGAUCCACGCUUUUCAGCUCGACGCUCAACACAUCCUCCAAUCCGAACCAACCCUCACAAUUUCCACCGGAGGCUCAAGACUGAGAGCUCUCGCUCCAAACCCUGCAUCCGAUUUGGCCCAGCUAUUCGCCGUGGUAACUGACCGUGGCGACUGUUGCAUUGCUGACCUCAAAGCGGGCGCCCUGGUCUUGCGUGACGGCACUCCAGAGUUGCUCAAAAAUGCCACAGUCGUCUCGUGGAGCAAUAGAGGUAAACAAUUGGUGGUGGGCCGGAAUGAUGGUACCGCAGUUCAAAUCAAACCCGAUGGCAGCCUCGUCACCACCAUUCCCAGGCCCUCUUCGCUCCCUGACAAUGUUCACAUCUCGGGAAUCUCGUGGCUGGAAAAUGAGUGCUUCUUCAUUGCCUAUACGCCAACUGCCUAUGACACUGACCAAGGGAUCCCUCCUUCCGACUACUUCAUCGUCAGUCGUGAUAAAGCCGCCCUCAACUAUACCUUCGAUAAGUUACCUGAAGUCGUCUCCCCAUUCGGGCCCGAGAGGCUCCCUUCAUCACAUCAGAUAUCUCGCCUGAGGGGCUGGCAACCCAACUUGAGGGACCUCUUGAUCGUGACUGCCACGACCUCUUCAGACGUCGGUCUCGUCACCAAAUCUUCUAAGCCUUUAUCGCCAGAAGGCAUCGUGGACCCAGCCUUCACCGUAACAGUCAUUGACGAAGAUACAGAACGCCCUCAGCUCCCUCUCUCUUCCACAUUCCAAGACACCUCCCCAAUCGGAAUGGCUCUCGAUCUCUCAAGUACUGACAAAGUCCCGGGGCCGCUGAAGGCUCAGCCCGAAAUCCUAGAGUCCGAUGGCCCUAUGCCCAAUCUCCUUAUCCUAAACCACGAGGGUGUCUUGGUCUCGUGGUGGGUAAUUUAUGCAGAUUCGGUACGAGAGAAGACUCUUUACCCGGGCAUCCUCAGUACACCAUCCACUGCCCAGCCAGAAGCAUCCCUCCCCCAGGCGCCACAACUAAUUUCAUCGACCGCGCCCAAGGUUCCUGGCCCUUCCAGUCCCUUUGGGUCGUCUGCCCUCUCUGGUGCAUCACCAACAAGUUCCACCUUCGGCGCACCUUCCGCCCAGAGUCGGCUCCCGGCACCAAGCAACAGCUUUGGAUCCUCUUCCGGCACCUCUUUUGGCCAAGCCACUCCCAUCUCAAUUGCAAACACAUCUUGGACCAAUACGGGAUUUGGCGCAAAUAGUACGGCGGGGACAACGGCGUCUGUGGCCAAUAAGCCCACCUUUGGCGCACCAGGAUUUGGCUCCACUAGUGCAUUGGGAAAGCCUUCAUUUGGAACAACAGCGUUUGACACUGCCAGCAAACCCACUUUUGGCCAGCAAUCUUCCUUCGGGUCAGGCGCCACGAAGAGCCCAUUUGCCUCCGCCGCUGCUCCCUCGUCAGGUUCUGGUUUUGGUGCAUUCUCCAAAGCUGGGGGUUUUUCUUCAUUUUCAACUGGGGAAGCAUCAAAAACAUCUCCCUUUGCGAAAGCCACCGGCUUUGGCGGAUUCGGGACAUCCUCCUCGACUAAUUCGUUUACCCCGGGAACAACUACAUCUGCCCCUUUUGGCGAAUCUUCCCAGAAAUCAUUCCCUGGUGUCGGGACAUCACCUUUCAAACUCGAGUCCUCUUUUAAGGGGGAUGGAAGUGCUAAAGAUGACCUCCCAAAACCAGAUACUGCUGGUGGCUUUGGUUUCGACGCCUCUUUAGACGACCUUUUAGGCACCUCCAAGCCCGCACACCAAAACAACAGUAAUGGUGCUACGGUUGGCGAAAAGAGUACAAUUGGCAGCGCGGCGUCGCAGUUGACUGACAAUUCCGCUCAACAAGAAUCGGCGCCGUUCGAGGCCAAGUUGCAUGGUCGCCCGACCACCACUCCACCUGCCACCAUGAGCCAGUCCAAGGCCACCCCAGCAGCGCCAGUCUCGGGUCUUUUUGGCAAUUCAAAUGCUGACACAAGGACGCCAGAAGCUCCGGCUGCGAAACAAGGGUGGUCAUUCGACGCCAUGUCCUCGACAACUCCCAAGGAAACUCCCGCAUCUUCUCUCUUUGCUCCAAGCUCUGAUGGUGCCACGCCUGCGUUGGCCCAACACAGUCACUCGUCAGACACGUUUCAUGCCAAUCGAGAGACGCCACGGAUCAAAGAAGAGCCUCCUAGUGAUGAUGAGCGAGGAAACCUUGCAAACAUUCCAGAGGCUCCUCUCCCACCUGAUCCGGUCAGUAAGCCUCGGUAUGCCUCUGGAGACACGUCGGCAUCUUCAGUCAACUCCAAGACUGUGACAGAUGAUGCUCCAUUGCCACCCGACUUUCUCGCGGGCCCCAGGUCUUUUACUAAGGGACAUUUGCAGCAGGAGCUGCCUAGUGACAACGAGGACGAGCUGAGCUCGGAUUUUGACGAUAGUGAGGAGGAAGUCACGGAAGAGUUGCAAGCAGCUGCCGAAGGCUCAGAGAAUUCGCAAGAGGACCUCCAGACGUCACCAGAGAGUUCAUUCAAAGAUGACGAUCGAAGCUUUGAUGCCAGUCCUACUGGGGGCGCCUUUACCAAAAUCACUUCCACAGGCGAGGCCAAGCCUGCAUCUCGUCCAUUGUUUGGAGAGGUAGUCACAGGUCUUGGACCAGCUCCCAAGUUCCCCGUGCCUCAUCCACAGGAGAGUCCACGAUCGCCAAGCCCGGUUCGAAAGCCAUUUGCAAGUGAGGUCCUGCGAAUGGAUCCGUCAAGAUCCGUCAGUGCACCUGCACGGCCUCGUUCAAUCAUAGACCAGAGGAAAGCCGAAUUCAAAGAGUCUCCUUUCUCUCUUCAAGCAGCCAAAUCUCGAGAUGAGGAAGUUGCCAGGGAAAGACAGCGACGUGAGGAGGUAGCCCGGCGGAGAGCUGAAGAAGAAGCCAAGCAACUCGUGCCACUACAAGACGAUGAAGAUGAGAGACUGAAACAAGAGCUUGAGAGACCAGUGUCGCCUAAGGGUGAAUUGGAUGAAUUUCUCUCGUAUCAACCUCGACCACCUGAGGAUACCGUUCGCACAGGUAUUCCGGCUCAGAUCGAGAGGCUUGCUUCGGACAUCAACAAGAUGGUCACAAACCUCGGCAUCAAUAACCGGUCGCUGACCUCAUUUCUGCGAUAUCAGCAACCAAAUGCCACCAACCAGUCAUGGCCACAGGUCCUUCGAUCAGACACUCCACAGGAUGCACUUCACGACGAAUGGCUUCUGGGUGACAUUGAGCGGUUGCAUGAAGGUUACCAUGUCCUAGCGGUUGACCUUGAGGACAGUUUGGUCCAAGGCUUUGACGGAAAACUGGAGGAAUGUCAGAUCCUGCUCGGUCGUGACCUCUACGAGCUGCGAGCAAAACUCACGGCGCUUCGCAAGACCUUGCACAGCGCAUCGGCUGGCAACAACACAAAGAGCGCACCAUUGUCAGCCGAACAGUCAUCCGUCCAGGCUGAUCUCAGAAGGGCGUCUGCAUCUGUUCAAUCGAAGCUUGUACAGAUAGAAGACAGUGUGGCGAUUCUCAAAGCACGAAUAGCAGAAUCGAAAGGACAGGAAAGCUACAAUGGCCGGUCUUCUGCAUUUAGAAGAGCACCGACACACAAAAAGCCAACGGUCGAGGCGGUGACCAAGACUGUCAGCAAGAUGAUGUCUAUGGCUGAACAAAAGAGUGCUGAUAUCGACGUAUUAGAGGGCCAGCUCAAAAAGUUAGGAUUAGGGUCUAUGGACGGAUCGACCUUAAGCCAUGAUAGCAUCUCCAAUGGAGCUCCUGCUGCAACUACCCCACAGCAAAAUCGGAAAUUGCUGAAGAGAGCGACUCCUGGAAGCACUAGCAGCGUCUACCACACUCCAGAGUCGCACUUUGGCAACAGUGCGCGGUCAAAUCGUUUCCGAACAAGUCAGAAUUCAGGCAUGGUGACAAUUUCAGGUGACGACAGAGAGAGAUGGAGAUUACAGGCCACGCGGAAGAAAGAGGCUGCGGCUGUGCUAAAGGCUGUUCUCGAGGCCAAGCGGACAAAGGCCAGAAGCACGGAAUGAAGUAAUCGAGUAUCAAGCAUUGCCUCAAUUGAUGUAAAACUACCAUGAGGGGAAUAUGGAUCAUGAAUACAAUACUUCCUUCCGU